AUGGACAAAUCAUCUUCAGAUAAUUGCCUAACUUUAGUGGCGGAUAGCAACAGCGGCAGAACUGAUAGAGAGAACAGCCAGUCUCCUCCAGCCAGCCAGAGUAACGUGGGUCCUCCAAGUACGGCUAAUUCUCUGGGGGUUGCUAGCGUUUUCACCUUCAAUUCUACUGAAGAAGUUAGUUUUGAAGAUGAUCGCUUCCUGGUGAAUCGUGAUAAGAAGUCCCUUCCCUCGACUCCCACCAACGCCGAUGUCGAAGAAAGUGUCAAUGACAAUGAAAAUGAUGCAAGUGGUACUUAUGUUGAGGAUGUCGACAAUAAUUCUUUCACUGAUAAAAAGAAAUACAUAAAAUUAGAAGUUCAAGAGGAGUAUACAUAUGUGAUUCGCUAUGACUACCCCACCUUACUGAAGAAAAUUGAAGAAAUCAAACAGUGGGAAGAGGAACAAGUGACGUCAUCAACCUCCACCAACAACAAAGAUAUCCCCACCACUGCCAAACUUGAAACACUCUACGAAGACAAAACUCUAGAGAAAAAUCUAAAAGACAAGUUAUCAACUCGAAUGUUUAGGAAUAUUUUCUCAAAAAUGACAUCUCCAGUGGCCGACAGAAAGAUUUCCCCAAGCUCCGUCCACUACAAAAAGACAAAAAGUCGAUACUCCAGUUCUCCGAGUUUGACAAAAAGUAGUGGAACAGGAAAUAAUGGAAAGAAAAAUUCAGCUGGCGUGAAGAUAAAGAAAGAUGGCGUCACUGUUUGA